UAACCUCAUGAAGGAUACAGUUCCAUAUAAGAUCAAGACAAUUUCUUACGCUAUAUCGAAAGUUCAGGGAGACAAAUAACUUAUUGAUAAUUCAAUAGAAAUGCGAAUUGAUACCGAUUCUUUAUCAAUAUUCGUUACUUUUUCACACUGCACGACUAGAAGUUAGAGAUGAAUGUUACUUUUUUCGCAGAAGUUAUUGUUACAAUCAGUUAGAAAUGCACGCACGCUUUUGCACUUAGCCUUCCCUGUGAUGGAACUGCUCAUUUUUGUUGACAUUCUAGUAUUGCUAAGCUGACUAAACUUUUGAAGUUGGUAGUUUAUAUCUCAACUUAAUCAAAAAGUCGAUCGGGAUAAGACAGAAAUCAUGUACAUAAACCCCGGUUUAUGGAAUUGGAUAUAGAAUCCCACAGACUCGUGUUUUAGGAGUGACAUAUGUUCGGGUGGCCUUCUGAAAUUGAUUUUGAGGGAUUUCAUUAUUCACGUUGACAAGGUACAGUUCGAUUUCAAGAAACUACCUGUGCUACCAGACAUGGACAUCGUUGUAUUUCCUCGCUCUCAUACUCAGGACGAAUUGCGUGUGAAUGACCCAGUCUCAGCCCCUUCCUUAUGGAAAAGACAGGAAAGGACAUCACCAAUUCGCAGACAAUUUACUAUAUCCAUGCCAUGGCCUCCUAAACCAAACGAACACAAAAGACAGAAAUUUCUUCCAGAAAUUCAAGAAAAUGCUCGGUAUUCUGAGAAAAAUAUAAAUUCACAAUUUUAUGCAACUAGACAAAAAACAAGAAUAGAGACACCUGUAAUAAAAAGACAGAAUUCCCUGAAAUCUGUUAGUAAUCAAUUCAGUUUGAGAUCGGACUUGGCACCGUCUAAUGAUAUCACGGUUCCUUCCCGGACCUUCCAAAUUUUGAAUGACAGUAAAAAUUUAAAUACCUCGAUCGAUCGAUUAGGGUUUAAGGCCAUUCCGCGGAACGUCGAUAUAAAAUGCGAACCCAGAGCAGAGCUGCCAAUACACAGUCUGAUACCGAGAGAGAGAAGAGGUACUUUAAAUCACAACACAAGCAGGCACUUCCGAGUUAUUACAAUACUGUACAAAACGAUGACAUCCCUAAAACUGGACAAUCGACAGGAGUUAGCUUCUAACGACCAUGCUCGCCAUCAUAACAAACGACAACAACAAUGGAUACGCAGCGAGCAGGUGAAAAACUGGAGAAGAUCAACAGUGAAUAAAGUUUCCAAAAAGACGGGAUAUAACAGCGGGAGUUCGUCUGGACAGAAAUCUGAUGUAAUCAGCGGGAAUUCGGACGAUACCAUUCACACAAGCUCUUCUCAUGAAGAGAGCAACCAUGUCUUCGAACACCCCAUGGAUGCAGAAAAAAAAGAAAGUUUUGAUAAAUGCUUAAAAUGGAUGGAAACUUUACCAGAAAAAUUCUCCGGGAUGCACAUUUUUACCCCUUCUGUGAGUGACUGAUAUUCUGAUACUGGGGAUUUUUAGUGUAGCCAAAUUUCCCAAAUGGAGCUUAUUCUAAGUAUCCGACAGUGGGCCAAGACUCCGAGUCCAAAGAUCAGCAGGCCUGAUUCAGAUCCCAAGGAUCAGCAGGCCUGAUUCAGACCCUAAGGACUGGGCUUCCAUGUCUACAGUCGACAAUAGUGCCUACUCCUGCCAGUAGCAAGUAUGGUGCUACUAAUUUAUUCAUUCGGAUAGAUAUGUUCAGAUAAGGGUUUCCUGAAGACCAUUAUUGACUACGCUUUCUUGAAAAUAUGAUAUGAAAAACAAUAAAAGUUUGGACAUAACAACUCCGAAAAAUAUAUUGCUGGUGACCACCAUAACAAUCUGCUUAUCUAAUAAUUUGUGAAGAGGACGCACAAUUCCAAUACGGAUUUGGUAGUUUAGGCUGCAGAGACACAUACAUGCACAAAUAUCUGUGAUACUAGUCAAAAAUGACCGUUAUUUAAUGUGUUUUAAUAAUCGAUGGAAUUCUUAUGAUAUCAUAUAUUUAUCAUGUCAUAUAUUGUAAUUAUCCUCGAUGUGCCAAACUGAAAUCAAAUUAUUUAUUUUAUUAUUUCCCUUAUCUUAUUCUAAAGUGUUGGAACUGCUAUUCUUCAACUUCAAAGUAAUUUAAGUAAUUGUAUUACUUAAAUUAACUUAAAUUCGAAUUUAAAACGGGUCUUUUUAGAACCUGUUAUCAAUUUCCAAGUAUUUGCAAUUUAUGUGAUAGUUUUUUAACAUGAGAAUUUCAGUGUGCUCUUGUGAUAAGGCUUACAAAAAACCUACAUGAUAAUAUUCAAAUUCUGAAGAACGACUCCGAUUUUCACUGAAUCUGUUCCAACAUUCCUGUCAGACUGAUUUAACAACAAUGUCUUAUUUCAAUUACUACUGUGAUAAAUGUUUUAUAUGUUGAUUUGGUUGUUAAAUGUAAUAAAUGUUAUAAACGUU